GAAUCCGAGCCGCGGCCCCCGACGCCGAGUUCCAUCGUUCCCCUUUUUCCGCCGUGCCUCCCUCCCACUAAACCCUAGAUCUCUCUUCCUCUCUCUCGAGGACUAGGAAGGAUGCCGCCGUCUUCGGCUCUGAGCAAGCGCGGCGGCGGAGGGGACGGCAUCCUGGCCGCCAUCUCGCGGUCGCAGGUGGCGGCGCACGGGCGCGAGGCGGCGGCCAUGGCGAAGAAGCUGCUGCGGAGCACGGGGAAGGCGGCGUGGAUCGCGGGGACCACCUUCCUGGUGCUCGUGGUGCCGCUCAUCAUCGAGAUGGACCGGGAGCAGCAGCUCAACGACCUCGAGCUCCAGCAGCAGACGCUCCUGGGCGGACCGCCGCCGCCGGCAGCAGCCAAGUAGAUGGAUCCUCCAUGGAUCGACCCUUUUGUUCCUCUCUCUCUCUCUCUCUCUCUCCCUUCCUCUAGGUGUGAGGUGUCUGUCGCUAUCAAGUUCAUCAUUCGAGUUGAGAGGAGUUUCAGAGGGAGGGAGUUAUCGAGUCGGCCUGUUGUCGGUCGGUCGUAAUUAAAGGAGAAAAAAAACCUGUUUUGUUCAUGUUCGUUCUCGAUGCAACACUAGUUUAGUUUCCCUUUCUAUGAAUUGAAACGGAUUGAUGAGAUAAGUUGUGCUCGGUCGCUGCUGCUGCUGCUUGUUCUUGUUAUAUCUGUCUGUGUUAGCGAUUUUAAUGACUAAUAAAUCUGCUUCUUGCUGUUAUUCUGGAUGAUGAGGCAAGCAAAGCAA